CUAUCUGGCAACCCUGUACACAGUAGACGCUAGCCUGCUCAGACUGCACUUGUUUAUCCGCCGCCUAACUGUCAACAUGUACUGAUUUUUCACCGCAUAUGGAUUCCACUUAGCACGUCUUCUCGCCUCGACUGCUGCUGCUGCUGCGAUAGGAACCGUCAGACCUCGCGCGUUCUCCUCAUGUGCAUCAUCUUCUUCAAGUUCGACCCCCGGCCUGCGUCCAAAAAUGCCUACAGGCUUAUUUUGGCGGCGAACAGGGACGAGUUCUACAACAGGCCGUCCAAGGCCGCCGACUUCUGGGGCAACGGCAAGGAAAUCCUCAGCGGUCUGGACAUGGAGGUGGGCAAGGAGGGCGGAUCCUGGCUCGGCGUCACCAAGCGCGGCAGACUGGCAGCGCUGACCAAUUACAUGGAAGGGAAGCAAAACCCGGACGCCCAGGGAAGAGGGUUCUUGGUGUCCAAUUUCCUGACCGAGGGCGUGGACAGCUUCUCCUACCUCCGCAAGGUGGCGUCCGACGGACACCUGUACAACGGCUUCAACCUCCUCACGGCCGACUUCAGAGCCAAUGAAGAGACGGUGUGUUACUAUGGAAACAGAGGCAGCCCCGACCCCAUCCAUCUGACGGCGGCAGGAAUCUACGGUCUGAGUAACUCUUUGCUGGAGACGCCCUGGAGGAAACUGCAGCGCGGUAAGCGUAACUUCACCAGCGUGGUGGAUAAGACGCUGCCCCCCGAAGGCCUGGUGCAGGAACUGCUGAGUGUCCUUAAUGACGAGGAGCUAAACACGCCGGACCCGCUGCAGGAGAGUCAGGGUGAAGGAUACACUGCAGCCGUGCUGCGAGCUCUGUCCGCCGUGUGUGUACGCUCUCCGGGUUACGGCACCAGGACCAACACCAUCAUCCUGAUCGACGGCGAGGAUAACGUCAGCUUCACCGAGCACACCAUGCUCGACGGUGACGUCAGCCAGUGGAGCACCAAGAGCUUCCACUUCAGACUGCAGGAGUGAGGGUCCGACCCUCCACGCCAGCCGUGCCUUCCUCCAAAACCUACGCUCUUCCCUCGGAAACGUCCUGCUAAAGCUAACGGGAGAUUUUUACUUGCACUUUUCCUAAACUGAGCCUCCGUGUUUAACAGGAGGGUCGGAAGGGAACGGGACAACGGGACAAGAGAAAUCGUAAUAGGGAAUUGGAAUCCAGAUUGGCGAAGGUGUCACAGUCGCCCCCCUGGUAAACGAAUCCAAUCCAAAUGUAACAUUGUGAGUUAUUUCAUUAGCGCCCCCUCGACUUUAACUCAGGAACUGCACGUCUGUGAUCUUCAGUUAGCACAAUAAAGUUUAUUCCCCCUUUCAAUAAAAAAACCUUUAUCUUG